GGCUUGGGAGUUUGAUGAGUUUUAGGAUUAAAAACCUCAUGCGCCAUUGACACCUUUCCUUCCACCUUCCUUCUCCCUCUGCUCUCACUCGCGUCUAUUUAUACGGAUUCUUAAACAUUCAUUAACCUGUUUCUAUCAAUCCUCCAUUACAGCAAGAAAUGGAGGUGAUGGUGCCUUUUCGCGGCCUGGAAAUGGAUUUCGAUUUCAACAGCGCAAGAGCUUCGCCGUGCGUGACGGCGCCUUCAACGCCGAGAGGGUUUGGGGAUUAUUAUCUCAGCGCUCCCACUAGCCCCUCUCAUCUCUCGCAGCUCUACCGCGAUUUCGAUGAUUUCUUGAUUGAUGAUGGGGAGGGGAAAUCCGCCGCCGAAUUCGGUGUUCCGUUUUCCUGGGAGGAAAAGCCGGGAAAACCUAAGAAAGGGGAGGAUGUUUUCGAUUUCGCGUUUGAUGUCGGGGAAGAGUGUGAAACGGAUUCUGUGUCGGCGGAGGAGCUUUUUGACGGCGGAAUGAUUAAGCGGCUUGAACCUCCUCCUCCUCCUCCUUGUAGCUAUGGCGGACGGGGGAAGAAGAGCAAGAUUGGAGGUUUGUCGCCGAGACAUAAGAGAAAAAGUGAGUCUUUUGGAGACGAAAUUGUGAGUGUGAGGGAGAGAGGGAGGGAAAGAGUUUCGAGUUUACAGUCAUCGAGCCGGAGAGCGACGAGAUCGGUUUCUCCGCUCAGAGUUUCUCAGUAUCCAUGGGAAGAGGAGCAAGAAAAACAGCAAGAUUCUGCUAAGGCGCCGCCGCUGACGUCAUCGUCGUCGUCGAAAGGUUUGGUGAAGAAAUGGAGGCUGAAAGAUUUUUUCUUGUUCCGGAGCGCGUCGGAGGGGAGGGCGUCGGAUAAAGAUCACCUGAGGAAGUACACGGCGGCGGUGGUUAAAGGGUCAAGUUUCCGGGGAGGAAAUAAUGAUAGCCUUUCGCGGCGGAGGAGGAGAGGGCCGAUCUCCGCCCACGAAUUGCAUUACACCUUCAACAAGGCAAUUUCAGAGGAUUUGAAGAAGAAGACUUUCUUGCCUUACAAGCAGGGUAUUUUGGGAAAACUGGCUUUCAAUCCCGCCGUGCAUGCACUGGCAAACGGCUUCGGACUUUCCCGCAAAUAAAUAAACAUACAGUAAUAAUAAUAUAUAUAUAUAUAUAUAUAUAUAUAUAUAUAUAUCUCUGCCUUUGCCACUGCUCUUUUGUUCAAUUCGUUUAAUUUCUUUCUUGUUGUAUAGACAAUUUUCCUUGUCUUUUAAUUUGUUUCAUGUUGAUGUAAUGUUUUGGUGUUGAACCUUAUUAUUAUCAGUUGAGGAUGGAAAUAUCAAACAACUGAAAAUCAGUGAAAUGAAUCAUCCUAUACUCACUUCUACUCCACCA